AUGUCACAAGAAACUGCUGCUGCUGCUGCUGCUGAUGCCAACGCUAAUGCCGGCUUCUGGAAAGAACUCGACUCAUGGAAGACACCCGUAGCUAAAGAGGUCGGUCCUACAGUCGAGGUUGGAUCCAAAGCGCCCUGGUCUCAACACCUUCGCCUUCCCGACGGGAAACCUACUCUCGUGGUGUUUCUCCGUCAUUGUGGAUGUCCCUUCGCUGAAAAGACAUUCAGAGCUCUCGCCGACCUUUCCGAUAAGGUCCCAGGGGUCCAUUGUGUCGCCAUCUCGCACUCUUCAGAAGAGGCAACGGACAAAUGGCUUCCCCUGGUCGGCGGCACCUGGGACGUCGAUGUUGUGAUUGAUCAAGAGCGCGACUUGUAUGCCAAAUGGGGCCUCGGAAUAUCAUCAACGUGGCACGCCGUCAACCCUCUCACGCUGUGGAACGUCUUCAGCCUUGGAAAGAAUGAGGGCAUCUGGAAUCGACCAACUGAGAGUGGCUCGCGGUGGCAGACGAGCGGUGCCUUUGCUGUUGAUCGUGACGGAACUAUUCGCUGGGCUCAUGUGGCGAGAACCGCUGAUGAUAUGCCGGAUCUCAACGCUGCCAUGACUGCCCUUGGGCAUCCGCCCCCUGAGAAGAAGCGCCAUUCAAGGCUUGAGCACAAGUAG